UUAAUAUAUCAGUAAAAAAAAUAACAGUGCUUGCUAAUAACUUUUUAUGAUAAUUCCCCAAUUACUCAUAUUGCGUUUAAGUCCCUUAUAACAUGAUUAAGCUUAGCACAUACUUUUUGUUUCGUUACAAUUUGUGCAAUAUUCUUACUUGGAAGUGUAAAGAGAUUUAUGAAGUAUAUAAGGAUAAACUAUUAUUUUUUUUGUAAAAUUAAGUUUCAGGAAGUAGUUUGGCCAGAAGAAAUAAGAAACUUCAGCUUGUUACACUUAUAAUUUUUCGAGGAAUUUUGUAAAUACAUGUUGUUUUCCUCAAUGAUUUAACAUAUCAAUGCAACUCUGGUUCAGACGGCUUCUUCCUUAUAUCAUGUUAAAGUUGUGAACUUGUGAGGACUAAGUCAUCUUUUUCAAUGGUUGCUAUUUCUGGAUUUAUAUAAGCACUGUCUGUCACCAGUUUACGCAGCAAUUACCAGUGGAUGAGCAACAUUUUUGGUCACCUUGGAUGGAUGGAUAUUUGCAGCUGUAGGAAUUUGUUUGAAAGAAUAUGAGUUAUUAUCAAGGACAUGUUUAUCUGUAAAUGUUUGUGCUGUUGAGACUGCUGCCAUAAAUAUAUAUAAUUGCCUCGUUGAAAAAGGCAUGAUGGUCUCCUGAUGAUAAGGAUCAUGACUUCGAAGUUAUGAAUUUAUGAUUUUAUUGUGGCUGGUCUGAAAGUUUAUUAGCUGAAAUAUACACAUUCCUUUAUCAAUGGUUUGAGUGUACAAAUAAAUAAUUCAUUUGGACAGUAAUGAUAUCCGCGGCAAUUAAGAUAAACUUGCCGAGGACUAACAAAUGUUUCAGUUCCUGUACUGCACGUCUAACAAGCGUAAAGAUGUCAUUUAAACAUGGAGACACACCGCUUGUGUGAAAUUUAUGACGGAAAUGAAAUAACCUAGGAUUUGUUAAUGCAUAUUAAGCAGUUUUAAUGAAAAUUUGUGAAGAUGAAGUUGAAAGCGGAGUAUAGAAGGAUUUUUGUGUCGUUUAUAGAAUGUGACUUGAAAUUUAAGUAAAUUUUAACACUUUUUCUUCACAAUGGAAUUGAAAAUAUGGGUAGAUGGAAUAAAGCGAGUGGUUUGUGGUGUGACGGACAACACAACCUGCCAGGAUAUAGUUAUUGCACUUGCUCAGGCAAUGGGCCGUACAGGAAGGUUUACCUUGAUUGAACAGUGGCGAGAAAAUGAGCGCCCACUAGCCCCAGGGGAAAGUCCCUUAUUAGUGCUUCAGAAAUGGGGAGAGUUUGCGAAUGAAGUGAAAUUUGUGUUGUAUGAAUCAGGUACAAGGAAAAAACAGAAAAAUGUUGAGAAAGAAAAACAGACCCAAAAACCUCAGGAUCGUUUUACACAUAAUUUUACUCCACCUGUGAAAACUAGUGAAGCGAUGAUUAGACGCUCAUUGACUUUUAGUGGAGGUAGAAAACUGGAUGUGGACACUAAGCAAGGUUCAACUGGACACUACUUGGUUACGUCUGUCUCAGACAGGGUUCCAAGCAAUGGGAAUUUAGUAUCCAGUAACUCAUCCAUUGUUUCACAAAACUCAGCAUUUGCAAGUGAUAAUCGACAGAGACAUCGGUCAUCAUCCCAUGAUAGAGCUUCAUCUGGAAGGACAGCCCGUCAGCCAUCCCCCCUCACCAAUCCCCACCCUCAUCCACAUGACUCCAGCACCAGGCAGUCUAGGCACCCAAACACAGACCACCAUCAAACCAUACCGCACAGUUAUGCACAAUCCGGUCAAAACCACUCACAACAGCAAAAUAAAUAUCCUUCAGAGCCGAGUGGCUUACCUUCAUUUAACGGACCAGCAAAACCAAAUACAUCAAAGUCAAAGCCACAGCAUGUACAUACCACUAAGAAACAUUCAUCAGCAUUUAUUCCAGUGAAGCCCCGUGUUGGCGGGAAUGAUGAGAUAUUGAUGCAUCAUCAACAGCCAGACAUUCCAGUGUAUACAGACAUUCCAAAGUCUAGUCAUGUAAGAAACCGCAUGGAGGAAUACGACCUCAACACAAACUUCCCAGAUGUCGUCAAGGAGACUGGACGUGACUUUCUCAUUGAGGAAUAUCAGAUGCCUGGUCACCAUGGCAACCAGGCCCAGUGGGAAGAGGAGGAGAGGGUGAAACUUCUUCGCCUUGUUACCAUGCAAAAUGAAAGAAUCAAGAUGCAAGACUCACAACUUGAUAUAAUCCAUACAGAAAUUUCAAGUAGAGAACAGACGAUUGAGGAUAUAAAACUAGAAAUUGAAAUUAUGACUAGUGAAAUUGACAAACUUACGCAGGAAAGUGAAGGAAAUCAAGCUGAAAUUGAGACAAUUGAUAAUGGGACACUCAUUGAUGAAAUAGAAGCUGAAAAAUUAGCAGAAAAAGAGAUCAAGAAUGAGAUUGCAGCGCUUAAAAGUAGACUUAUAAAGUGUGAAAUGGACUUGGAACAAUUUCAGAAAAAAGUUAAGACAUGUAGUAGUGAAUUAGAGAGGGAACAAGAAGUGCUUAAAUCUGAUGAGAAACGCAGACAAGAGGAAGUGCUGAGAUUGCAAAGUGAGAUUUCAGACUUAAGAAAAGAAGUUGAUAAUCGGACAGAAGAGAACAAAGAACGUUCCAAAUUGUACACUAAUGUUAAUGAUGAACUUGAGAAAAUUUCCGAAGAACUUACUGAGAAGUCUGAAGAAUUGACUACCACGGAAAAAGAACUUCAGCGAGAAAACCUCAAGUUUUUUCAGCCGGUUGUUCCCACUCCCGGGAAUCCAGGAGAGGCAAGCGGAGAAGAUAUAUUUAUGUGGUACUCUUACCAGCAUAAUAAUGUCCGCCCUAACAUCAUCAGACGUAAUCAGUCCUCAAGGUCUUGGAGGGAGGUGGUGCCACGCAACUGAAGGUCGGCCUCUCUGGGAGACGGUCCCGCAUUGUAGCCAGUCCACUCACUGUCCUAGAACUCACCAGAAAACAAAACGGGGUCUGGGUGUGACCUUUUGGUUUUCAUCCUAGCAAGCCCAUUCACUGUCCUAUAACUGACAAAAAAAUGGGGUCUUGGAGUGACCUUCGGGCCUCCAGCCCACUCAUAGUCCUAUAUCUGACCUUGAAACAAAACGGGGUCUGGGUGUGACUUCCAGUUGUCAUCCUAGCAAGCCCACUAACUGUCAUAUAACUGACAAAAAACUGUGCUGGCUGUGACCUCGGGCCCUCAUCCUUGCCAGCCAACUAAUGGUCCUAUAACUUGACCAGGAAAGAAUUCAGGGUCAUGGUGUGACCUUCAACCGAUGGUGGUCCAAUCUAACAGCACAACGGAACUUCAACAAACUGAGAACAGUUGCAACAGAUUUUAUUAUUGUAACAGUAAUUGCUUAAGAUAUCUGUUAGAUAUAACAGCAUUUAGGCUACUAUAAAUGAAUUGCUAAAUUUUCAUCCCUGCUCGCCCCCUCUUUUUUCCGCUGCCUAUUUAAUUUUAUUGACUCAAAUAAAAAUGUUGAACUCAGGGUUUGUAUUUGUGUAUUGGUCAUGGAACUGUCCAGGGAACGGCGUUUAUUCAUUCCUAUGUUGUGGAUGUAUAACAUUUACAUGUAAAAAAGGAUAAUUGUUACGAUCGUGUUUGUGGUUCCUCUAGAAACACAUGUUUAUGGUCCCUUAUAAAAAAGAAAGAGUAUGAAUGCGUAUUCAAUGGUCAAACAGACAUCUAAGAAAAAUGAAAAAUAAAAUGUCGACCCCCAAGCCCAUUUAAAAAAAAAAAAUGGGAUGAAAAUCUAGCAAUUAAUUUAUAUUGACUUAAGUAUAAAUGCAAAAAUAUAUGUACAUAUGAAGGCUUUAUGUUUUUUGUAAUUCAAGAGCUUAUUUUUAUAUGAAAUAUUAAAUUACUAUGCGGUUCUAUUUUAAAUAUGAUUCAAUUACUGGUAUUGCAUAAUUAAUUUCAUUCCAUAUAAAAUACCAUUAAAUCUCUUGUUUAAAAGUUUGCUGUCGUUACGAUUUUUACAUUUUAUUGUUCCAUUUUAUGUUCAAACUUGUGACUGGGUAAUUUUUUAAAUUCUGAUUUAAGGGAAAUUAUUUAUACCUUUCUUCAGUAGACGUUCUGACAUUUCCAUUGAUAUUUUGAAUAUGAUCUGCAUUCCGAUUUAUUUGUACAUGAUAUUACUAACGUGAAUAACCAAUUUAUCGUUAAUAUAAUUUUAUUUUAUUAAUAUUUAUCAUCAUAUAUAUAUAUAUAUAUAUAUAAUGUUACAUGUAUUGUUAAAUUGUUAAUAUUUAUUAUAAUUUGUUAGUGAGUUCCCUAAGAAUAUCUACAUGAUUUAUAUAAGUUACUACUAUAAAUUUGAUUGUAUUUAAAAUCCUAACAAGAGCACUAGAGAAAAGUAGAUUUGUUAAGUUUGCACAGAAUAUUGAAUACUUGUAUACAUGAACCUAAAAUCAAUUUAUUUUGUAGUUUGUAUGGAGCCAUUCUUUAGAAAAUAUUUUGUAAAUUAUACUUUUUUUUAUUGUAUGGAUAUUUAAACUUCUCGUGUAAAUUUUAAAAGUAAUUGCAAAUUACCUGUGAUUAUUAGAGUUUUUCAAGCAAUGAUAUCUGACCUUCAAAUGUUUAGCUCACCUGAACACAUAAUGCUCAUGGUGUGUGCUCAUGGUGAGUUACUAUUGUGACUGGCUCAUGUUCUUUGUCCAUCAUUUUCAUCAAUAUCUUAAAACUUUUUCUGUAUAUUUGUUUGGCCAAUUUCAUUGAAACUUGGCCUGAAGCAUAAUUGGAUAAUAUCUUGCUUGUGUUUUAAUCAAAUGGUUCUGGUCCAGUGAACAACAUGGCCAUCAGAUGUAAAAAAUAUAUUUUUCAAAGCAACCAUUUUGAAAACGAUCUUGUCCAAAACCGCUAGUUCAAGAACUUUAUUUAUUAUGUAACAUAAGUUUAAAGUCUGUCAAAUUUAAUGUUCUUAUUACAUUAUGACUUUUUGGCUAGGAUUGGACCCAUCCCUGAUCUUAAUUUUUACUAAUACUAAUAAAGAAUUUAACUUCAAAAAUCACUUUGUCUGAAACCACUAAGCAAAGACAACUUUGAGAAGGGCCCACUGAUUUCCAUUCCAAAGUUUGAUGAGAAUGGCGCAGGGGUAAUUCUAGUGGUGAGCGCCUAAGGGCACUGAAGGCCCUCUUGUCUGAAUUAAGUUUGUUUUAUUUGUCAGAUAUGACAAUUCUGUGUAUAAAAAUUACUGCCAUAUUAUACAUUAUAUUUUUAUCUCCAUAUUUCUAUAUAUCUAUUUUAUUUUGGUAUGCAUGCAUAUAUGAAUAAUUAUUGACAGUGCGUAUGUUCUAAAAUACAAUUGAAUAUGACUUUCCGAAAUUGUUAAACAUACAAAUUACAUUGUAGAUAUUAUCAGAUCACUCUCAGCCAGAAACUCUUGGGUUUUAUCAUUUAUUAAGAAAGAUAUACAUUUUGUCGUGGGUUAUGUGCAAUUGAAAUGCUUAAUAAUAUAUAAAGACAACUC